UGCAGCUCACCUGCAUGUAACAGAAUGGACAGCGUCGAAGCCAGAAGCAAAAGGGUCCAAUUCCAUCGAGUCGGCCUUCGCGUAUAUGAAGCGAAGCGUCAUCGUUAGUCUGCGAAAUGCACAGACUUAGCGUUACAACCAAAGGGGAAAGACAUGCUAAUAAGAAAGUACGGUUAGGGCAAGCAAGCCGUGCAAGGAGCCGGCGUUUGACGAAGAGAGUCGUGGUUCAGUACACCAGCUCGGAAUCAAGGUUCAGGAGAAUGCAUAUAAUCGGACGGCUUUAUCUUUGGCGCAGGGGGGUUUUGGCUGAUCUCAUUUUGCUUCUUUACUUGGGUUGCGGUCGUGGGAGACUCGUCUUUUUUAUGGUGUUCAUUUUGUAUGUAUUUCUAUUGCUCUGUAGGGUUAAAAGUCACCCCUAUAUAGCAUGCUAUCACGCGGCAUCGGAAACUUGCCGCGGACUGGAGUAAUGGGGACGUAGGGGAGGCGGUGGGAUUUUUGUACUUUUUAUCAUUACAGGAACGAUACCCGGGUAGCUCGAUGAGAGUAAAGAAGAAGCCGUUCAGUACCU